UUUCUCACUAGGGUUGCGGCCAUUGGCUAUGGCAAGACGCGAAAAGAGGUUUUGGCGAUAGUGCAAAAUAUUAUUGAUGAGAAAUGCCUGAAUAAAUCAGUAACCAACGGAUGGUGGGAGACGUUUUGCCGCCGAAACCCUUCCAUUUCAUUGCGUGCUCCAACUCCUCUUUCAAUGGCUCGUGCGAAAGCUACAGAUCCAGAUGUAAUAUGCCGUUAUUUCGAUUUGUUGGAGCGUACUCUUGAUGAAAACAACCUAAGGGGAAAACCAAGCCAAAUUUUCAAUAUGGAUGAAAGUGGGAUGCCGCUGGAUCCAAAAGCACCUCGCAUAGUUGCAGAAAGGGGAUCCGAUGCAACUGCCAUCGGCUCAGGUAAUAAAUCACAAGUAACAAUUGUUGCUUGUGUCAGUGCAGCAGGGUUUUGCAUGCCUCCAAUGGUCAUAUUCGAUAGAAAGGUUUUGGUACCUGAGCUAACAGAAGGUGAGGUAGAGGGAACUCUCUAUGGUUUAUCAGCUAAAGGGUGGAUGGACAGGGAACUCUUUGGAUUAUGGUUCAAAAACCACUUCCUUAGCUACAUUCCUUCUGUGAGGCCCAUAUUACUUCUAAUGGAUGGUCACUCAUCUCACUAUUGCCCAAGUACCAUCAGGCUUGCAGCCCAGGAGCAGGUUAUCCUCUUUGCUCUCCCCCCAAACACCACUCACCUGUCUCAACCCUUGGACAAGGGGUGUUUUGGACCGCUGAAGGUUGCAUGGCGGGAAGAAUGUCAUAGCUAUUUGGCAAGGAAUUCAGGCCGGGUCAUUACACGUUAUCAAUUCUCCUCUCUUUUUAGGAAGGCAUGGUUGAAAAGUAUGUCAUUAGCGAAUAUUGCAGCUGGAUUCAGGGUAACUGGAAUCUAUCCAGUUAAUCGUAAUGCUCUCUCCCCAAUCAAAGAAAAGGCUGAUUCCUUGACCAAAGAGACCGGCCUUUCGUUUAUUCCUCUGUAUAGUCCCAGCAGCCGGAGACCUCUUUCUCCAGCCCUGAGCUACCAUGAUCUUAGUGAUAUAGCUGAGUCAGUUAACCAUGACCCAGAUGAUGAUUCUUUUACGGUAGAAGAGACUACCUUGUUUCAGACAAGGUACGAGAAUGGCUAUGAUAUUUCUGGCGAUGAGCGGUAUGAACAGUGGCUUUCUAAGUACCACCCAAACUUCGUUCGACCACUUGAAUUUCACUCGGCAUCUGUUGCGAAGUAUCUUACUUGCCCUCCACCUGUGUCACGUGCGCCUAACUCCAAGCCCAAGUCAUGUGGAAGGGUACUUACCAGUGCUGAAAGCAUGAAAGUUAUGGAAGAAAAGCAGAGGCUAAAGGAGAGAAAAGAUGAAGCUAAACGGGAAAGAGAGGAAGCUAGGAAAAAGAAACAGGCCAUGAAGUUGCUACCAGGUAAAGGCCGACAAACCCGGUUAAGAGGCAGGACAACCUCUAAACUUACUGAGCCCAAGAAUAGAGAUAAACAACAAAUUCUCUCCAGUAACUCCAACACACUUGAACAAGACACAGAAGAGGAAGAUGAACCGUGUGGGCAUCUGACACAGAGAGACGAAACAGUUACUCAGUUUGUGCCUACACAUUCCUCUCCUGAACUAGAUAAUGCAGAGGAAGACCGAACGUGUCUGCCUAACUUGACAUCCGGUGUAAUCAGGUCAACUGCUCGGACUACACAUGCAGUAACUUCCGCUAAAGCACGGAGUGGAAUGAGCUCCCAACAAACUCGGUCACAAUCAUUACGAAGGGGGAGGACAGCUCAAAGAGAGUUAUCUUUUGGACAAGAGAGUAAUGGUAUGUAGGUUUAUUGUUGGUUAUUGUGCCUGGAUAACCAUGUUUUCGCCGAGGAAGAUGAUCCGUGUGGACGCAAGAAAACUGUGACACAGAGAGACAAAACAGUCACUCAGCCUACACAAACAAAGUCCUCUCCUGAACUGGAUAAUACAG